AUGGAAAAACAAAAGGUCGAAGGACAUGUGAUGAAAGAACAAAAGGUCAAAGAGCCUCUGAUGGAAGAACAAGAGGUCAAAGAAACUCUGAUGGAAGAACAAGAGGUUAAAGAACAUCUGAUAGAGGAGCAGGAGAUCAAAGAGCAUUUGAUGGAAGAGGCUGUGCUGGAAGAGGCUGUGAAGGAACAGCCUGUGGGGGACAAGAGCAUGGCGGCCCAGCCUGCAGUGGAGGAGCCUGACCACAGCGACUCUGAUUUCGACGACGAUGUCGCUGACGACUCAGGCUCCAAGCAGUCGUAUUGGGAAGAGUGUCCGCGGCUUGCAUGGCAGGGCAAGGCCUCCCUAGGCAAGGCCGAGAACAACAGCAUGAUGGCUACCGCCCCGCCCUCCGCCGCGCCCUCCACCACACACGAGCUGCUGCCGUGGCCGCAAGGCGCCGCCCGCACCUUCCAUAGCUCCGCUGUCGACCCUCCCACUACCUUGGUCAUGGGCACCAACAAGCACGAGACGGACCACCUCCUGACGCAGGCCACGGACCGCGUCGUCUUCUUCCACAUGGAUGACCUGCCCUCAGCCCACGUGUACCUGCAGCUGGAGCCCAAGGCUGUCAAGACCUGGGCUCAGGAAGUGGAUGAGGCGGAGGAGAAAGGCCUGGACGUGUUCGCCCCACAGACCAGCUGCCUUCCCUACAGUCUGAUACUUCACUGCGAGACAGGCGCCUCAGAAGAAAAUGAGGCUGCUGCAGCUGCAGCCACUGAGAUCAAGAUGAGUGCCACUCAGAAGCGCAGAGCCCGCCGCAGGGCCUUAGCUGAAGCUCUUAAAGCUUCUGCAGAAAGUGAGGCUGCCGCGAAGCCCGAAGAAACUCGCGUGUCAUCAGAAAAUAAGGCUGCUGCAGCUGCAGCCACUGAGAUCAAGUUGAGCGCCUCCCAGAAGCGAAGGACCCGCCGCAGGGCCUUAGCUGAAGCUCUUAAAGCUUCUGCAGAAAGUGAGGCUGCCGCGAAGCCCGAAGAAACUCGCGUGUCAUCAGAAAAUAAGGCUGCUGCAGCUGCAGCCACUGAGAUCAAGUUGAGCGCCUCCCAGAAGCGAAGGACCCGCCGCAGGGCCUUAGCUGAAGCUCUUAAAGCUUCAGCAGAAGGCGGGGCUGCCGCGAAGCCCGAAGAAACUCGCGCAGCAGCAGAAAAUGAGGCAUCAGCCGCGAGGAUGAAGAGUGUUGCUCGGCCGCCGCGUGCAGAGAAAACCUCGUGUGCUGAUUGCACCAAGAGGAGUCGCACACCCGACAGGACGCCCAUUUGGGCCUCCCCCUCAGCGCGGGCGUCUGAGAACGACAGGGGUCCCUUGGUGACUGAAGCUACUGCUAACCCGGCGACUCAUGGCGGGACGAGCACUACGAGGCGGCGAAGGGCCCGCCGCAAGGCAUUAGCCUCCUGUACUAAGAGCGAGGCACGGCUCGUCGCGAGUACCCACUAA